AUGUCAUUAUAUUGGUUUGAAACGAGAUUCGAUAGAGAAUUAGCACCAUACCCUUCACCAAAGUUAAGUCAAAAAUCGAAAACUGAGGGACCAACGGGGCAAAAACUUAUAUCACAAUCCGAAAUUGUCGACUAUAUCAUUGCGAAUAACAUUGAUACAGGGACUUUAGCGAAGAUAGAACGGUAUAUUUCCAUACCACUUAAAACACUUAUCACUCCGAGGUUGGGAACUCGUCGUAAGGCUUGUAAUAGUAUACCAAGGCCACAAAACAAUUUUGUCUUGUAUAGAAGGAAUUUACAUGCAAUUAUCUCCAGUGAACAAGGGAGUGCGACGGCGAAAAAUUUUAAAGUGGUAUCAAAUUUGGCAGCGAAGAAAUGGGCAGAUGAAUCGAAUGAAAUCAAACAAUUAUUUGAAAUCAUCGCCGAUUGUGCAAAGAAGGUACAUGAUUAUACUUACCCCGAAUACGUUUAUCAACCUAGAAUUAGCGGUAAAACCAGUAUGAAAUUCCGACCCAUGAUAAAUGGGGAACCCUUUGUUGAAGAAAAAAAAAAGGAAAAGAAGACGGUUGUUCCAUCACUUUUGCUUUCAACCUUUGCGAUAACCAAACCCGGUACGAGCAAUAGGAGGCAAAAUAACGAAAAAGAGAAGAAGGAAGAUUCAAAGAAUAAAAAACAAGUGAUAGAUUUGACCUUGCAAGAACGAGAGGCAGAGAAAGACAAAAACAAGAUAGAUUCGACUGUGAAAGAACGACAGAUGGAAAAGAUAGAAACUAGUUUGCCAAAACAAAUGAUAGAUUUGACCGUGUCAAAACAAGAAGUAGUUGAGAGCUCUCAAGAACAAACGAUGGAUACUACUGAAAAGGAUUCAAGUCCUCAAAAACAAAUGAUAGAUUUGACUGUGCCUGAACAAGAAGAGAUAGAUCUCGCUGACGGAUUCGAGACCACAAACGACUAA